AUGGCAACGAACCGCGAAGAGCGCUGGCAGCAGCGCAUGCGAGGUGCCCAACGACACCAGGUGCAGGAGGCGGCGUUUGAUCUUUUUUUCCCGGAACCGGAACCAGAGCCCGCAUCCGAGCCGACAGAAGAGGAGGCCGCUGUCGAGACCGAGCCGACGCCGGCAGCUGUGCGAGCGAGCCCCAACACGUCUGCCAAGAGGAGGCAGCUCGAUGGGGAGGAUGAAGGGCCCGUGGGGGUGACGGCAGCGGUGCGGGUGGCCGAGGAAGAGCAGGUGGACGAGAGUCCGAUGGACGCACCGGGCAGCGGGCGGCGACGGUCGGUGGCGGUGGGCGCAGCGGCCGACCGGACGGCCGCCCUGCAGGAAGCCUUUUCGGGAUCACCACUGGGCCGACGAAGCGGCAUGCAGCUGGGAGACGAGCAGGUGAUGGUGGCAGCAUCAUCAUCCCCUCCGGUGGUGGGUGCAGGUCGGCGACCUCCGCAACUGUCGUCUGGGAAUGGCGGAGGCGCGAACGAGACCCAGGACGAGGCUCAGGACGAGGGCCAGGACGAGGGCCAAGGCGACGACAUGGACAACGGACAGGAAACUCUGUCUCCUGAGCUCGCGUCGGCCGUCGAUACGACCCGAGCAGGCGGCCGCACCAGUCUGUUCUCGCGGCUGGCUCGCGCCCGACGCAGCGCGGCCGCGACGGCUGACGGAAGCGGCGAUGGCCCGGACGCUCUCGACGAGCUGUCGUCGCCGUCGCUUCCGGGCGUCGAGCCGGCGAUCAUGCCGUCGUCGUCACCGCUGGCUCGCAAGUCGGCCGCCAACGUGCGGUCAGGUAGAGCCGGACCGGGACCGAGACCGGGACUGCGCCGGCCAGGCCGCAGCACGCUGGCCGUGGCCGUGGCAGCCGACACAGACCGCGACGAGCUCUCGCCCGAGCAGCCGCCUCCGCUGACGGUCAUGCUGACGAGGCGCACGGCCGAGGUGCCGUCAUCAUCGCCGCCAGCUCAGGAGGUGAAGCGCCGUCGGGGCAGGCCGCCGGCCGUGGCAGCGACGGUGGAGGUGGAGGAAGAAGAGGCAGAAGCCAUUGACGAGGUGGAAGCUGCUCGGACAAUUGGCAGGAAACGUCCACAAAGGAGCAACGUGCACGAGCCGUCACCGGAGCUGGGAUCUGACCGUAAGGCAGCGGAGCCAGAGAUCGUGCCGAUGGCCAAGCGACGACGACGACCAGGUCCACAGCAGCAGAGCCCGGCUGUGCAGAAGCAGCCGCGGGCAGCGAGGGAGAAGGGGGUGGAGGUGGUGGAGGAGGAAGUACAACAAGAGCAGGAGCUGCAAACACGUCCGACAAAGACGAGAAAGGCGAGAGCACCGGCUGUCCGGGAACAGACGAAUCAAAAGAAGAGGAAGCGACGACAAAAAGAGGCAGAAGAAGAAGAAGAAGAUGGCGAAGUCGAGACCGAGGGCAACAGCACGACAAAGGGCCGCAGCGGACCUCCAAUUCCCAUUACGGUGCAACGAUUCAGCCGGCAAAGGCGAAGGACGAGAGCGGGCAAAGACGAUGGCGACGAUGACUUGGACGACAAGGACUCGGACUCGGACAACGGAGACAUACCGUAUGCGAACCGCAGCGGGGUCAACGUGAUCGACGUGCUGGCGCAGGUGUGCGAAGACAUUGUGGCGCAGAAGCUGGAGGAAGCGACAGCACAGGCAGCCGAGGCCAAGACAGCAACGGCGGCCGGCGACAGCAGUGCGCGCGAAGCCCGGCGAGACGCCCUGGCGCGACAGCAGGCCCUCGAGGCAUUCCAGGCCGAGCUACGAGCACGUCUGCUGGCACAGGCGGCAGCUGUGGAUGCAGCCUUGGCGCUGCGACGCCGCGUGCGGGCAGCCCAUCGACAGAAGCUGGCGCUGCGCGAAGAAAUCCUGCGAAUCCGCGCCGAGAGAGAGCAGGUCGCCCUGCGGAUGGACGCCCUGCGAGCACAGCACCAGGAGGCGAGUAGACGGGCGAUGGUGAGCGCAGAUAUGUCCACGGCCAUGCACGACGUCGAUCUAGCCGUCGAGCAGGGCCGCACUGCCCCCGACCUCACGGCUGCCCAGCAGAAGACGGCAGAGCUGGGCAACCUGGAGCUGGUCGUCAGCCGAGUGGCAGAGCAGCUGUGUGGUGGUGGUGGUGGCGGUGGUGGCGUGCUGCAACAGAUCAUGGACUUUAACGCCUUUCUCGAACGGACGGCCGUCAUGCUGGAAGGCAGGGGGACGUGA